GACUGAGCACUCCCAGCAUCAAGUGAAACUUUUCAGUCCCCAGGAAAGCUUGAUUUUCUCUCCACCCGCUCCCCGGUGAGAAGCAGCAUCUCCCCCACCUGCCAUGGGGAGGAGUGCACGGCAGCUCGUCUUGCUGACCUUCGGCUGUGCAUUUUCCUCCUGCCUUGCUGAAGUGGCCUUGAGGGUUGAACUGUCUCCAGAAACCACGUCCUUCCACCAUACGGCUACUUCUGCUCAGCCACUUUCCCUUUAUCAUUCCUCACCCCAUGAAAGCACCACAGUUCACUUUAACAGCACAGUCUCUCUUGAAACAACACCCACAAGCCACAGAACAACAGUGCAGACAACGGAGCAGCACCAGGAAACAAUAGCUCCAGACCAGCACACCACAGCCCAGGCAGGAGCUGGAACACCCACCCCCACCACCACACCAGCAGACAACACCAGUGCAGCUGGCCAUGCCACAGCCCAGGCCGUGCACAGGGUCACACCCACAGUGAAGAACACAACCACACCCCUUGUGUCCUCCACACAUGUGGGCACCGCAGUGACAGCCACCAACACGUCCCUAAAACACACGACAGCAAAUACUGCUGCUGCCAACACCUCUACAGCCGCCACCGUGCAGACAGUCAGAGCCACCACACAGUCAGGAAAACAAACAACAGCGACCAGAAACACAACAGCCAUAGCCAUGACCAACACGACAACCGCCCAUCCAGGGACCCAAACAGCCACCCCAUCUACCACAGUGACAGUGAGACCCACUCCUGCCCCGCAGCCUUCUUCCAUCCCCACCGGCACUUACACCGUCUCCAGCGGGAACAGGACCUGCAUCAAAGCAGUCAUGGGUUUGCAGCUGAUGGGUCAAAAUACACAAAAGGAGCAGAUGGAGUCUGUGGUUGUUAACCCCAAUGCAACACAGACAUCUGGAAGCUGUGGGAUGGUGCAGUCUGAGCUGAACUUAACUUUCAGUGGAGGGUUUGUGAACUUCACCUUUGUAAAGCAAGCUCCAAGUUACUUUGUCAGUAACAUUGAGAGCAGAAUACCGUUAUCUUCUGAAGGUAUGUUUUACUAUGCAGCCUUAAAUGAGAAGCUGUUUACAACAAAGCUGGGGAACUCCUUUAAGUGUGCCAGCAGGCAAACCUUCACCUUGGAGAAGAACUUCCAGAUCCUCUUUGUUCACAUGCAGCUGCAGGCGUUUGAGAUUGUUGGUAACCAGUUUGGGAAAGAAGAAGAAUGUUUUCCUGAUAGAAACAGCAAAGCAGCUCCCGUCGCAGUGGGCCUGAGUAUCCUGGGGUUGUUUGUCAUUGUGUUUGUCACCUUCCUGAUUUCCAGGAGGAAGCCACACAGAGGAUACGAACGCAUCUGAGGUGCCCUUGUACUUCCAAAUGUGUGUAGCAAGCAGAGAAGUCACAGGAGUUUUAGCUUCUGCCUGGCAAUCUCACUGCCCUGAAGCCACAUUUUUAAGUGAGAUGACACCAAGUGCUUAAAUCUAAUGAAUAUUUCUGGAAGUAGUUUCUUUAGAGUAGGAAGGAGACAACUCAUACCCUCUACUUUAGGCUAUUCUUAGCAUCUGAUUUAGGUGUAGCACAGAUGACCAAAAUAAGGAGCCUAAAUUCUCUGUGUUAUCAACAAAAGAGUUAAUUCAGACCACCUAAGUCAGAUUCCUAGAGAUAGCUUAAAGUAGUAUUGGUAUCCCCAAGAAAAUCCAGCAGGUUUGUUAGUGAUAAGGUUUAGAUUCAUUAAAAUACAUAAUUUUGGUGAUAUGACUUGCAAAUGAAUAAAGCAGAGGUCCAGAGUAGACACAACUCUGUUUAAACUAGAGCUUGUGGGAACACUGAGGGUGCCAAAAUCACAGGAUAAGUGUCAGUGUGACUCCAUUCACAAGCAAGUUCUCACCAGUCCUACAACAGAGUUACACUUCCUAAAUGCUUGUUUUUUUUCCUAUUAAGCCCUUUGCAAAGACACAGUGGUAAUGUGUGACCCUUACUCUGGAGCUGAAUAUGUCACAGUCCUGUGAGAGCUCACGAAUCACACACGUCCUGUUCAGACAUGGACCUGUCACGGUGACCACCACUGAGCCAGUAACUGCCCCUCUACUGAGAUGGCAGCACAGGGAUCUCUGAAUCUGGGAAGAUGCCACACUCACUGGAAGUGCCUGGGAUUCAGUGAGCACCGUUGUGGCAGACCUGCACAAGGUCCAUGAGAAAUGGAGAUCCACUGACACUGUAUGUUCAAGGCUUCUAUAAGAACUAAAAGCUUGCACAGUCCUUGGACAAACUCUCUGUCCAAAAGUGAAUGUUACCCAGUGUGCUUACAGCUGAGCAGCUGGAUUUCCAUAUGGAAAUAAUUUGGAGUUGCUUUAAAGCACAUUAAUUGAUACACUCUGCAUUCUAUUUCCUGCUAAACCAAUGAUGAAGGCAUGAGAGUAGUAAUUGCUUUUGAGGUUAAGUCCAGCUCAUGUUCUUUGUUGUAACAAGGAAAAAGCUCCUUGUCACAAAAGAUUUACAAAGCUAAACAUGUACUCAAAUGUGCACAUACACACACACAUGCGUGGUGCACACACCACACAAUCUGCUCACUGAAGCCAAUGAUGUCCAAACAAUAAGAAAUUAUGUACAAAGCCAUUUGCAAAAGAGAAAAUAACAGUAAACAAGAGCACAUUUUCCCCUAAGGAAUUAGGGUAAUGGCUGAGGAAAUAAUUAAGUCUCCAAAAAUGUUCCCUUUGAAUCUGAAUGAACCAAAAAAUGAGAAAGAUAAAGACAAUUCUGAAGCACUUCUGCACUUGGAGAAACAUCAGAGAGAAGUCAGAACCAGCUGUGAGCACAGGGGCAGCUGAAUACAUUUAUAAGGCAUAUAAAGAAAUGGGAUACCAAGCACAAGAAAUAGGAUACCAAACUUUCCAAGCUUUAAUACAGACACAGUGAUUAACUGUUUUCAGUUUAAAGCUCAGAAUGGUCCGACCCUAAACUGUUCUGCCCAGUGAUCAAUAAACCUCUCCCACUCAAAGCUAAGUUGUAUUUCACAUGUUCUUUGGAUUGCUGGGUUGCAUAAUCUGUACAGUGUGUUAUUUCUGCUGACAUGGAAUAUUUGCUUGUUCUGUUCUGUUAAUAUUCAGUCUUUUAAAAUCUGAUAACAGGAUGAGGAGAGAAAACUGUUCCUAAUGACUGCUAAUUCUCUGUUUAUUCUUGUGACACCCUCUGGCAUUACCAGAGAUUGCAAGAUUAACGUUUUUCCCCUCCACUUUUUUUAUUUCUACACUGAAUCAACCUGGUGGCAUUGAACAGUGUUUGAUUCAGGUUUACCUGAUUUGUUCUUAUGCUUUUUAUUGCUAUUGUUUGCAAUUUUUAUGAAGUUGCAUAGACCUUUCUAGAUGAAUGAUACUCUGGGCUUGCUCUAAAUGUCACAGGGGAAGUGCACGUGGUACAAACCGAUGAAACAUCUGGGUGCUCCCAGGAAAUGCUGCCAACAUGCAGCAAAAUUAAUCCAGUGGAGUUAGUGCUUUACAGUAGUAGAAGAUCCAUUGGAGAAUUCCUUACUGCAUCAGGAGAUUCCAGCCCCAAGUGCAACCUUUCUCCCACCUGUGGCCCAAUGUGCAUCCCCUCACCUCUUUUCCUGAUCACAAAAUACAAGCAGCCUGCAGCAGGGAUGUGUGUCAGCACACCAGCAUAGCAGGGAAUGUUGCCUCUUCAAAUUUAAUGCUGAAUUAGAAUUAGACAGCCCAGCUGCUCCCUGAGCUGCCAACUGCAGCUUUAAAAGCUGAUGCCUGUAUUUAUUUUCUGCCAGAACUUAAGUAGAUGUUUAGCUGGUACUCUUUUAUCUAAUGGAGUUGCCUUGAGCUCUUCCUCCCAUUGGGAAGAUUCUAUAGGGUUCAUGGGCCUUGUUCUUGCCAGACCUGCUCUUUUAAAUAUCUUGUCUGAGGAAACAUCUUGAGCAAAAAGUCCCUGAAAGAGCACAGUACGAAAAGAGCUCUUAUGAUAAACUCGCUGGACACUAGGUGGGCCAUAAUAGUCAUACUGUGGGCAGAAGGGGACAGUUUCAUCUGCUGUGGGAGGGCACAAGGCUGCAGUGGGUCCCAGAGUGACCAGUGCUGGUCUCAGUUUUUCUUCCCCCAGCUGCAGACUCAGAUCAGCCCAUCCCUGAACAGAAGAUGCUGAUUAGGAAGGCAUGAUGCACCAGGGCAGCAAAGUUUAACUUCUGUACACACAUGUGCUGCUCAGGAGACAGGAAUUAGGGGGUGAGCACAUCCCCACAUCCCGAUAGCUCCUGGUGCUCUGCUGCAGCUCCCACCCCAGACCAUCCACCAUGGCCUCUUGCACAUCCAAGGCAGACACAAGGGCAUCCCAUCAGCAUGAUGAUGUCACACUUAGCCAAAUCUCUAAGGAGUUUAUAACAAGGUUUAAUUUCUUUCAGUGCUUUUUGUUCUCUGAUGGACAAGUCCAGACUAAGGAACAGCUGUUAAUUCAGCUGAAAGAGGAAGGGAGAUGUAGAUCAGCACCUGAAGUGUCUGAAGGUGGUUUGGUUGAUCACUUCUGGCUUGCCAUAAUGUAUGGUUGCUAAAAGUAACUUGCUAUGAGAAGUAAGAUAUGCUCUUUAUUUUUCUAUUAUUGGUGUUUCUAUAAUAAAGGUUGUAUUUAGUCAUUA